AUGUUCUCCACUGAUAAGGUCAAGCUGAGAUGGUCCGACCAUUCCUCUUUCUUCGCCGCGGGUUUGGCUCCCUUGUUAGAAAAUGAAGCCUUCCAUGAUGUCUGUAUUGCCUGCUGUGACGGGACCACCCUAGGGGCAAAUCGCCUGGUCCUCUCCGUCUGCAGUCACUUCUUCAGACAGACUCUCACCCUGUGUAAAGAAAUGCGUCCCACGAUCUUGCUGCCGGAGACGAAUGCGGAGGACAUGGCAGCUUUGCUAGAAUUCAUGUACAAAGGAGAAGCUUAUGUCACGGAGGACCGCGUACCACACCUCUUGAUAGCGGCGAGAAAGCUACAGAUCAAUGGUCUCGGGGGUGAAUCUCCUCCUCCUCAAACUAAUAUUCCAGUAGAACCCGAUAUGACGCCUCAGCCAGUUGCUAAUAAUCAAAUAGACGGCGAAAGAUAUUCAACUCCAACCCACACUCAACUACGUUUGACUCCUGGCCUUCUGUCACCUCAGCAACAUCAGUCGGAAUCAACUUCAACCCCAGUUUCUACAAGAUCUUCAAGAUCGUCAGCAAAAUCGUCUAGUCAAGACAAGGUGGAAUGUGAAACGUGCCACCGGCUAAUAUUCUCCACCAGCAUGUACCAACAUAAGCGAUACCACCACGGCCCACUUCGGGACCCUGCCAGCUGCUGUGGCCAGACGUUCAUCACUCGCUGGGAUCUGAACGUGCAUCGGAAGACCUCUCCAAAUCACAACGAAGUGCUGCCCGAGGCUGUCAGCAGUCCUGAAGGACCUGGGCAGGAAUGA